UACCAGCAGCACUGAAGUUUUUGUUGACUGUCAUUUUGCCGAUGAUUUUUUACAAACAGACAAUUCAUCAUGACUGUAGUUGACUGAUAUUUUGUGUGUUUACUUUCUCUUCUUUUUUCGCAUUUUACGUCCCAAUUCUAAACAAACCGGCAGCAUGCAAUUCACUAAGUUACACAGUUCGAUUUUUCAUCCUACGUUGAGGAAAUGGCAAGAAUCCAAUGUUGAUAUACGGCCACAUAAUCUCAUGUAUCCGAUAUUUAUUGUAGAGGACGACGAUGCUAUUCAACCGAUAGCUAGUAUGCCAGGAGUUUCUCGAUAUGGCAACAAUAAAUUGCAGGAAUUCCUGGAACCUCUAGUUAAAAAUGGUCUGUCGUCGGUGCUCCUAUUCGGUGUUAUGGACGGUACACCGAAGGACGAUUUGGGAUCAUCUGCCGACUCGAAAGACAAUCCAGUGGUUAGAGCAAUUCCAAAGCUUCGAAAAUGGUUUCCCAAUCUUGUCAUUGCUUGCGAUGUGUGUUUGUGUCCCUACACGAGUCAUGGGCACUGUGGUAUUAUUGUGGAUAAUGUCAUCGACAAUGAUUUAAGUACCAAACGUCUGGCAGAAAUUUCCCUGGCUUACGCCAAAGCAGGAUGUCACAUAAUCGCCCCUUCCGACAUGAUGGACAAUCGAAUCUUUGCAAUCAAACAAAUCCUAAUAGCAAACAAAUUGGAGAAGCAAGUGUCAUUGCUGUCGUAUGCCGUUAAAUUUGCAAGCUGUUUCUAUGGACCGUUUCGAGAUGCAGCUAAAUCGGCUCCGGGUUCAGGCGAUCGAAAAGGCUAUCAAUUGCCGCCUGGAUCGCGUGGAAUGGCAGCUCGAGCCGCUGAGCGAGAUGUUGCCGAGGGAGCUGAUAUGUUAAUGGUAAAACCAGGCUUACCGUACUUGGACAUCGUACGCGAUACAAAGAAUAAAUUUCCAAAUCUACCGAUGUUCAUUUAUCAGGUUUCCGGUGAAUAUGCAAUGCUUCAUCACGGCGCAUCCAGUGGCGCAAUCGAUAAGAAUUCGGCUGUUUUGGAGGUGAUUACGUCGAUGAGACGUGCCGGAGCUGAUUGUAUAAUAACGUACUUUACGCCAUUAUUGUUAGAUUUGAUAAAGUGAUGUGAGACCGGUGUAUCGACAAUGAAAUAGUGUCAAAGUUAUGCAAGAAAAAUAAAUUGAUUUUUUU